GUGUAAAGUGAGUGGCACCCAGAGAGUGUAUGUGUGAGUGAGACUGUAUGUGCGUGUGUGUGUGUGUGUGUUCUUGCUCAAUUUUUGCUCAAACCCUUUCCCCGUGUCCCUGCCGGAGUUUUCGAUCGCGAUGGGGGGCUUUAGACUCCAGUUCACCGUCUUAGUGCUGACCGUCGUUGUAUCAGGUGUGACGCAAACUCUGGCCAUGGAAAUCUACACACAAGAGGACAUGGAAGCAGUCAAUGGCACAGAUGUCCGACUAAAAUGCACCUUCAAGUCCAAAAAUGAAAUUAAACCAACUCUGAUUGUGAACUGGAACUUCAGGCCACAGGCUGGAGGGGCAGAGAUCACGAUAAUGUUCUAUCAAGGCGAGGCCUAUCCAGCGACAGACGGCCCCUUCAAGGGACGUGUGAUGUGGUCUGGGAACAUUGAUCGCAUGGAUGCGUCGAUCAAUCUGCGGGAUGUCCAGUGGUCAGACAAUGGGACGUUCAUCUGCAUGGUGAAAAACCCACCUGAUGUUCACGGCACUGCUGGGUUGGUGCACUUGAAGGUCGUAAGUAAAGCUUCUGUUUCAGAGAUUGCCAUCUUGGCAGCAGCCAUUGGAGGUGCCACUCUCCUAGUCAUCCUCUUCAUCAUCAUCUCUGUCUCGGUCAAAUUCUGCUUAAAAAAACGGCAUAGAGAGGGAGAGCCGCCGAUGCAGUACUGUACUGAAAAGGAGGAGCUGAAAGACUCGGGGAGUCUGCCAAAGGAGAGCAGCCUGCAGGGGGAGCCCCUCGCCCCAGAGAAAGGCGUAAUAUGAGAGCGGGUCACUUAGUUGCUUACAACAUGGGACACGUCCUUGGUGGCUGUGCAAGUUCUGCUUACUCUUCCCUCACCUUUGCUCCUUGGGAAUUACAGUCGGAGGAGAAACUUGGCACAUCAUAACAUGCAGGCCAGGCCUGAGCCUCCAGUGGCUUUUUGAGGCAGUGACUCGUUGCCAUUGAUAAUCAGUGGACUGAUUCUAGAAACGACUGGCCGCUGGUCCAGCAAGAAUGGACUGAGUUGACAAUGCUGCUACAAGAUGGCCAGGCAAACAAACUGUCCACACGUGGUCUUGCACAAAUGGAACAAAACUGACUUGCGGGUGCUUUUGUGGCCUUAUUUUUUUUUUUUUUUACAUUAGUUAAUAAGUUGUACAUGUGACUUUUGUAUUGCAUGUAUUCAAUUUGUAAAGAUUUUUAAUAAAAAUAAAAUCUCCCCU